AUGCCGCGCGCGGACGACGACGACGCGCGUGACGAGGCGUCGAGGCGCGUCGUCGACGCGCGCGCCCGGGGCGCGGGAUCGCCGUCGAGGACGCACGGAGCGAGGCACGAUUGGAGCCCGAUGUACGAUCGACGCGACGCCGCGCCGCGGAGCGUGAGCGCGCGGGCGACGCCGCACGGCGAUCGAUCGACCGUGGAUGUGCGCCCGCGAGGCGACGUCGCGCCGAAUCGGUUGAACUUUGACGACGACGCGGUGCGAGGGGCGUUGGAUCGCUUGGCGUUUCACGGGGCGGUGACGCAGGUGGCGGACGCGUUCGGAGAGGUGAUACACGACGCGACGGAGGAGGCGAGCUCGUACGUGAGUAAGGCGCAGGAGACGCUGAUUAAAUUUCAAGCGGCGCAGCACGCGGCGCAGUGGAAUCCGAUCGAGAGUGGGUUGACGAUGCGGCCGACGUACGUCAAGGUGCCGGUGUCGACGAUCGAACAAAUCAAGUUUUGGGAGAGCGAAGACGUGCGAGCGAUGAAGAUGACGCACUUGCAGGAGAAACAGACGAUAUUGGCGGAAAAUGCGGGCAUGCGGGCGCUCUUGGGGGAGGAGGCGAGCGAGGUGGUGCAGGAGUUGCGGGAGACGGAGGACGGCGUGAACAGAGCGCUGCUCCUGGCGGCGGUGGAGGAGAUCACAAAUUUGAAGACGCGCGUAUCGGUCCUCGAGGGUGAGGCGGCGAAACAGAAAGUGAGCGCGAGUGGAUACGCUGGAUUCUUCGGCGGUGGCGGCGCGAACAGCGUGGACCAAGCGCAGAUGCAAAAGCUCACGCGGGAGUUGGCGCGUCUCGAGGAGAACAACUCGCGGAUGACGUGGAUGCUCGGCGAGAAAGAAAAGCAAAUUAAGGAAGUACGGGCCAAGUACACCGAGAGCGCGGCGUACGCACUCCAAGAGAAGCUCCAGGAGUGCAUGGAGGCGUUGGAGGUGGCAUCGAAUCUCCAAGGUGAGCAGUUACAAUACCUCGAGCAGCACGCGUUGGCCAAGCUCGAGGCGCUGGACGAUCAAAUUUGUGACACUCAAUUGUUGGCGGAGAGCAAGAGCGAGCAUCUGGCGCAGCUUCGGGCGAUUAUGCGACGUUACUUCGUCGACGGCGACGAAAAAGCGGUCGAGGUUCUCACGUCUCUGAGUGGAUUUUCCGCCAAGGAAGGCAAGGAGCUCGUGCAGGCACGAAAUUCGCGAACCAUCGGUGGUUUCUUGAGCAUGGUGGCCACGAAGCUUUCUCCAGCGGUCUCCGCCGCGUCCUCGAUGAUAGUCGCGUGCGCACCCCCAACAUCGAGCGUGGCGACCACGGACGCGGCUCUGAAGACGUUGGGCGUCGAGGAUGACGACGACGAAGCCAAGAAGAGUGAGAUGGAUGACAAACCGACAACUCCGCCGACCGAGGACGCGAAGAAGGACGAGGGCGACGGCGUGGACAAGGAAGAAGUUUCGACGAACGACGCCCCAGCAGCGGCGCCAGCGGCGGCGCCACCACCUACGACGAAACCGACGGAGCCCGAGCGUCGUCGACCCACUCGCGCGUCGAAGAAGAAAUCGACGACGUUUGCCGGUUUCGACGAUCCCACGCUCCUCGAGAAGAAGCAAGCCGAGCGCGCAAAGUCGCGUCAACCCCUCCCCCAACCCAAGCUCGUCGGCAAAGCCGCCGAGCGCGAGCGCGCAAAGCGUGCGAUGACGCAAUCGACCGACGGAUUCGCCGGUUUCGGCGACGACCCGGACGCUUCGUCGGACGACGAUUAA